CGAGCAGCCUGCCGUCCGUGCGGCCGGCUGCCUCGUGCAUGCGCCCCGCGCCCCGGGGCCCCGUGCACCGAGCACCCUGCGCGGGCUGCCGUCGGCCCCGCGGCCCCGCGCCCCGCCGCCCCGGGGCCCCGCUCCGCAGCGCAGCGCAUGGAGCCCGGCGGGGACCACCGGAGCCGAAGCGGCGGCGGCUGGGGCGGCCCCGGGCCAGCAGUGGCCUCAGCACAGGGCCGACGGCUGCUGCCCACCGGAUCAGGUGGCGGCGUGGAACCCGAAGAGGACGACGGCGGGCAAGAUCUUCAGCUGGAAGGGGGUGCCUUGGGGUCCUGGGGGAGUGCCCCCCUGCCCUCCUCCAGGGCCAGGGGACCAGCAUCUUCAGGCAGGAAAUACUCAGACCACUGUGAGGCCUGGGCCUCGAGGCCUGGAAAGAGCCGCAUCCCGGGCCGUGAUCACCGGCGUUAUUACCACGACCACUGGCGGCUGGAGUACCUGAUGGACUUCAACCCUGCCCGGCACGGCAUGGUGUGCAUGGUGUGUGGCAGCUCCCUGGCCACGCUCAAGCUCAGCACCAUCAAGCGGCACAUUCGCCAAAAGCACCCCUACUCCCUGCAUUGGAGUCCCCGGGAGAAGGAAGUCAUCAGCAACAGCUGGGAUGCCCACUUGGGGCUGGGGGCCUGUGGAGAGGCUGAGGGCCUGGGGACCCAGGGGGCUGAGGAGGAGGAGGAGGAAGAAGAGGAAGACGAAGAGGAGGGGGCUAGUCUCCAAGCUUGCCCACCCAAGGGCCCAGGCAAAGCCCCAGCUGGUGGGGGCGGCAGGCGCCGGCGACGAGGGGGCUCAGUGGCACCCUGGGCUCGGCGUCAGCGCCUCUGGGCCUCCCGAAGGGCCGGGGGCAGCAGGGGGCUGGGCGCUCGGCGCCUGGAACGGAGGCUGAAGGAGUCCCUGCAGAACUGGUUCCGGGCAGAGUGUCUCAUGGACUAUGACCCGCGGGGGAACCGGCUGGUGUGUAUGGCCUGUGGCAGGGUACUGCCCAGCCUGCACCUGGACGACAUCCGUGCCCACGUGCUGGAGGUGCACCCCAGCUCCUUGGGGCUCAGCGGCCCCCAGCGCAGUGCCCUGCUGCAGGCCUGGGGUGGCCAGCCUGAGACAAUGUCUGAGCUCACCCAGUCCCCACCAGAUGAUGACCUCGUCCCCCAGGACCUGACCAGAAAGAGCCAGGACUCAGCCCCCGCUGCUGGAGCCCCCUCCUCUCAGGAUCUCAGCCCCCCAGACGUAAAGGAAGAGGCUGGCUGGGUCCCUGAGAGGCCCGGGCCGGCAGAGGAGGAGGAGGAGCUGGAGGAGGGCGAGAGGGUGGGGGUCCCAGGCCGGUCGCCACGGGGCCGCGACCUCCGCCGCCACUACCAGGAGCGCUGGCGACUGGAGUACCUCAUGGAGCUGGAUGGCGGCCGGCGCGGCCUAGUGUGCAUGGUGUGCGGGGGCUCGCUGGCCUCGCUCAAGAUGAGCACCAUCAAGCGGCACAUCCGCCAGCGCCACCCGGGCUCCACGCGCCUCAGCGGGCCUGUCAAAGCCCUCAUCGCCCAGGAGUGGAGCGAGAAGGCCGCCCACCUGCUGGCCCUGGGGCUGCCCUGCCCUGAGUCCCCCAGGGACCCUGCCGCCCCCAGCACAGCCGCAGCCUCCGAGGAGGGGGGAGGGGAAGAGGAGGAGGAGGAACCGGAGGAGGAGGAGGAGGAGGAGGAGGAGGAGGAGGAUUGGUGGGGCGAUGACCCGCUUUCCCCUGCGGAGCCGUCGGAGCGUCCUGCCGAGGAAGAAGAGGACGACGAGGAUAGCCAAGAGCCCGGGGGACUAGCCUUCCCGCCCCUGCCCCCGCCGCCACCGCCUCCCCCACCCCCGCCCCCCCGCCGCCGGGAGCAGCGGCGGAACUACCAGCCGCGCUGGCGGGGCGAGUACCUGAUGGACUACGACGGCAGCCGGCGCGGCCUGGUGUGCAUGGUGUGCGGGGGCGCGCUGGCCACGCUGAAGGUCAGCACCAUCAAGCGGCACAUCCUGCAGGUGCACCCCUUCUCCAUGGACUUCACGCCUGAGGAGCGCCAGACUAUCUUGGAGGCCUACGAAGAGGCGGCGCUGCGUUGCUACGGCCACGAGGGCUUCGGGCCGCCUGCCCCGGCGCCGCGCGAUCGCGGCGCGGACCUGAAGGCGGGCGCCGUGUGUCGGGCGUAGCGGGCGUGGCAGACUCGCGGGCGGGGCGGGGGCGGCCUCGGACUGGGAGAGCGCUGUCCCUGUUCCCCACUGGCUGGGCCAGGCGGAGAUUGGGGAUCGGUGGGGUGUCGUGUUGCUCCCGGAGCUAGUCGGACCUCGGGCCCUGGCCUUCCCUACGCAGGGCCCCACGUUUCCCAAGAAGCCACAUUGGCCUCCAGGCGUUUGCACGGAGCGCUUCCAGCCCCGGCCCGCGUCCGGCAGUAUCCCCGCCAGGCGAUUCUGUGCGGGGCCGGGAUGGGGGCGGCGACAGUCAGUAUUAAGACCCUAAGGAGAGUGGAGGGAAAGGCAGGAAGGCCGGGCCGACCCCUUCCCUGGUCGGGGGCCUAGCUCGGCAGCGUUGCACGCCAGCAGGCACGGCGCCCGAGUCGGGCCGGCUGCCCUUGGCCUUACUGGUGUUCGCGGCCGCUCGGAGGCCUGGACUGGGGACACAGGCCUGCACGGGAGGCGGGGCCCGGGAGCCCGUCGGGCGGGGAAAGCUCGUCGGACCGCUGGCGGGCGGCGGCCAGGGGGCGGGGCGGAGCUGGGCUUGGGCCCCGCCGACUGCGCCCUCCUCCCGGGCGGGCUCCGUGGGGACAGCAUGCUGGCGGCCCCACCCGCCUCCUGGCGCCUGCCGCGCCCGCCGGACCGAGAUCUUGUAAAAGGAUUAGCACUUUUUUCCUUUGCUCCUCUCCUGCUCCGGAGGCCUCCGUUCACCCCUCAGCUUAGGCGCUGUUGCUUUAGCGCCCUCGUCGGUCCGAGCCCGGGGCACUGGAGGUCCCGGUAGUUGGUGGUAUAUUCCCGUCCCUUCCCUGUCCCCCUUUGUACGCGGUGGGCGUGCCACCCGUUCUCAGCCUCCAGGGCCUGGGGCCGGGCCUCGGCCUUCCUUUCUCUUCCCCGCGACAGUGCCAGGCCCUGUGGUGCCGGGAAGGGGCCCCGCGAUCUCCCAGGCAGGUCCGAGAGGGAUGUGAGAUUGAUUCUCCUGUGGAGAACAGGUGGCCCCCGAGAUCAGGCCUUUUGCUCUUUGUAUUUUAUUUUGAAACUGUAUUUAAUGCUUUUAUAUGAAAGGGGGAGGGGCGGGGAGAGAGCUGUCCCAGUCACCCUUAUGUGCAAAUGUCUUAUUUAUUAUGCGUGUAUCAGAGAUAAGCUGUGAGGUGGUGGAGAAAGGACCUAAAGGAAGGAGCGAGUACGGGGGGGGGGCGGGGGGGAGGGAUGAGAGGACCCCAAAACAUACCAUACUAAUGUGUGACUCUCCAGGCCUCUCCUUCGAGUCGCCAGGCCCCAGUAUCUGCUCUUCACAUAGCCAGGUCACUUCUUUUGGUCUUACAGUCUGAGAGUGGGGAGGUCAGCGGUUGGGACUUGAGGGCUGGGCCAGGAGGGGGAGGGGCCCUGGCACCUGGGGCCAGGGGCUGCCUGUGCCAAGAGAGGAAAGAGGAAGAAGCCCUUCCUCUCAUCCCAGCUUCCCCAUACCCCCAGGCCAGAGCCCAAGGUUCAAGUGCCUCAGGCCCAGUCCCCUUGACUCUUCCUGAUUUGGGAAUUGGAUUUUUUUACCACGGAUUUUAUAGCAUUUUUAUAUAGUUCAAGAUUGUCAGAGUUGGAAAGACCUUGGAGAUCAACUAGUAUCUGCGGCCCCCCC